AUGUAUUGCACAAGAAGGAAACGACUGCAGCUGAGCCGGGUUUUGUUUCUCCUCUCUGGGGUUUUCCUCUGUACCCUCUACCAGUUGACCAUCAGUGCCAGACUGUAUGAGCCUUUGCCAAUGCCUCAGAUUGGAGAGGAUUUUGGAGAGGGUUCAACUGAGGGGGUUGAGGAGGCUCCAGUGGAGACUCAGGGCCUUGAGGAACCUCUCACUGUAGUUCAUGAAUUGGAGCCCACAGAUCAAACAACACCAGAGAUGCACGUGGAGCAUCACUCUGAGACAACUUCAGACUUUAAAGCAACCACGUCAACUGAAUCUCCACUUCCAUCAACCACAAACAGGACUGUUGUGCAUUGCAUCUAUGUGGCCCCUGAGCCCCCUCAAGAGACACCCACUCCCACUCCAGCUCCAGCUCCUCCUGUAACUACCAUUACUCCAGCUUCUCCUGGUGAAGCUCCAUCUGUUAAAGGAGAUUAUCCUGAAGAUAUCUUCUCUAUUGAAGACCGCAGACGAGGCUGGGUGAUCCUUCACAUUUUUGGGAUGAUGUACAUGUUUGUUUCACUUGCAAUUGUGUGCGAUGAGUUCUUUGUUCCUGCGUUGGGGGUAAUCACUGACAAGUUAGCCAUCUCUGAUGAUGUGGCAGGAGCUACUUUCAUGGCUGCCGGAGGUUCUGCCCCCGAACUUUUCACCUCCUUAAUAGGAGUCUUCAUCGCCCACAGCAAUGUGGGCAUUGGCACAAUUGUUGGGUCAGCAGUUUUUAACAUUUUGUUUGUGAUUGGAAUGUGUGCUUUGUUUUCUCGGGAGGUUCUUUGUCUAACCUGGUGGCCACUUUUCAGAGAUGUGUCCUUCUACAUACUUGACCUCAUGAUACUCAUCUUCUGCUUCUUGGAUAAUGUCAUAAUGUGGUGGGAGAGUUUAAUGCUGGUGGCCAGUUACACUCUCUAUGUGAUUUUCAUGAAGUUCAAUGUACAAAUAGAGCAAGCCUUCAAGAGCCAACUCAACAAACACAAGAACAUUGUCAAAAUUAUUGCUGUGGAAGAACCUGAAAAGACAAAUGGGGACGACGAGGAUAAUGCCCCUCCUGCUCCAGAGGACAAGAAUCUGUUGAAGUUGAAGCCAUCUCUCCAGCGAGGGGGAAGCUCAGCUUCUUUACACAACAGCACCAUGAGAAACACCAUCUUCCAACUUAUGAUCCACACGUUAGACCCUUUAGGAGAUGGAAAAUUUAAGGAUAAAGCUGAGACUCUGAAUAAUGUGGCAAGACGGAAGGCAGAGAGCAAAACUAAAGACAAAACCGAAGAUGGUGGGGGAAAAAAUGAGCAGACCAAAGAGCCAGACGCCGCUCCGGCAGGAACAGAAAAGAAGGAGCAGCCAGAAGAUAAGAAGGUACUCUCCAACCAUGUCCUGGUGGCUAUCAAAAAGCCCAGAAGUCAAUCUUUGAUACCUUUCUAUGAAAAUGUGCCUGCAGAGGAGGAUGGCUCAGGGGACGCUGGCAGUGAUGAGGAUGACAGUGAUGAGCCCAGUGAGGAGUCCAGUGAGGAGUCCAGUGAAGAAGAAGAUGAGGAGGAGGAUGAAGAUGAGGAAGAAGGGGAGAUCGAGGAUGAGCCUCUGUCUUUAGAGUGGCCUGACACACGACGGAAACAAGCCACCUACCUCCUGCUGCUGCCUAUAGUCUUCCCUCUGUGGCUAACAGUUCCUGAUGUUCGCAACCAGAAAUCCAGAAAAUUCUUUGUGGGCACCUUUCUGGGCUCUAUUAUGUGGAUUGGUAUCUUCUCCUACCUCAUGGUGUGGUGGGCCCAUCAGGUGGGUGAGACCAUCGGCAUCUCUGAAGAGAUUAUGGGUCUGACUAUCCUGGCCGCAGGGACAUCCAUCCCAGACCUCAUUACUAGUGUGAUUGUGGCACGUAAAGGCCUGGGGGACAUGGCUGUAUCCAGCUCUGUGGGCAGUAACAUCUUCGACAUCACUGUGGGCUUGCCCAUCCCAUGGCUUCUGUACUCAUCCACCCACGGUUUUGUUCCAGUGGCAGUCAGCAGCAAUGGGCUCUUCUGUGCCAUAGUGUUGCUUUUCCUCAUGCUCCUCUUUGUCACCAUCUCCAUUGCAACCUGUAAAUGGAAGAUGAAUAAGGUCCUGGGCUCCACUAUGUUUCUGCUCUACUUUAUCUUCCUGGUGCUUAGUGUGAUGCUGGAGGACCGCAUCAUUGUCUGCCCUGUUUCCAUUUGA